AUGGAUUUUGUCAACGAGAGAUCGGUUACACCGGAUUACAGUGGUCUGCCCGCCAAAGAAUACACCCUGGACAUUCCUCGAGUUCCUAGUGUUGAGCUUCCUCUAAAAUUGUCAGGCUCUCAUGACAGUGUAACUAAGGCAAUUGAGAUGUGUGGCGGUAUUGAUAAUGUUAAAAAGGCCCUCAAUGCGCACAAGGAUACACAGGAGGGAUUGGAGCUAUACUUGAAUGAUGAUAGAAAUUCUGAUGGGCCUAGCGCGUUUUUCAAUGAGCACCCUAUUGUUGGGAGGCUCGCCCCUCACAGGGACGAAUCGAUUGUCAUGAAGUUGUCUCUCCCCAAGGGAACUUUGGAAGCCAAUGGUGGCGACCUGCGAAAAGCAAUUGCCUCCGUGCCAGCCAAUAGAGCGAAAAUUGUCCCAGUCGGAAUCGUCAACAGCACUGUAAGGUUUCGUGAAAUGUCGGAUUUUCAAAUGCGUUUGGACAAUGUUCCUACGGCUAACGAGUUCAAUGACAGCUUUGGAUCCUUGGAUUGGGGAUACGUUCGCAAGUACGUUCAAAGUAUCCCGGACUAUGAUUCAACGCCUUUUGAGAACAUUGAUGGCCUUGUUCUGAAUAGCACAUCCAACAUCCCUAGCACAGAUUUUCAGCUUCCGCCCCCGCCUCGAUUCUCUAUGGUCAAUAUUCCAUUCGUAUACAAGUUUCGCGGCAACCCGUACGCCACGAAAUCGUCAAGUGGCGAAUCCACCGUCAAGGGCACAUAUCUAAAAAAUUACCAACAGCUUGUUCAUGGUUUUGACGACACGAUUCAAAUUCCUGUGGAGGCGCAUCCUGCCUUGCUGGAAGAUUACAGGAAGGCUCAGGAUACUGGUGUGUAUCCUGGUAGUAGUAAAGAAUCAAAGUUCAAAGAAAGGCUAGACCAGUGCUUGGACAUAUUAGAUAGAGCUUUCUCAGUACGGCCUAUUUGGGUAAAGCGUCAUCUUGAUGGGAUUGUUUCUCAGGAACUGCAUGGAACGCUCAAAAUUGCACUGUCCCUGAGGUCUUACCGUUUUACAAAAGGGCCUUGGCGAAACACAUACAUCAAAUUUGGAGUAGAUCCUCGUACUUCUUCAGAAUACGCGAAGUUCCAGACCGAAUAUUUCAAAGUCGAGAGUAAGCUCCAAAAAUCACCGCUCGCUGCCAAAAAUAUGCCAGAACCACCCGCCAAGUUUUAUAAGUCAGAUACACAAGAUGGCAUCGAUAGUCGGUUUUAUUUCGAUGGACAGCAAAUUCCAUGGUAUUUAAUGUUGCAAAUUGAACUUCUAGUUCAUGAGCCAAAUAUUGCCGAAGUUUGUUCUAAAGCUGUUUUUUUGAGCAAGCCAACUGAACUUACCGGGUGGUACCACGAACUAGACUUGACUAAGAUAAGGAAGAUCGUAAAGUAUGAAUUGGGUUGCCUUGUUCAAGGUAACUCUGAGUUUAGUGAGUACAAGCUCAAGUUUUUCAAGAACUUGCUCUAUACCAAGGAAUCUAUGAUGACCAAGGAUAAUGCCGGAAUCGAUGCUGAUGGAGAUAUUCAAAUGUCCACAUCUGAUGGUGCAUCAGGUGUUUCCGGUGAUACUGCCAACAACCCUACAAAGGAGAUAGAAGGUCAAGAAGAAAAUGGCGAAGAAGACGGUGAGGAUGACGAUAACGGCGUUGAAGCGGGAGAGAUGGAUGACGCCGUACUGGAGCAAGAAGAGGAUGACGCUGACGACGCAGAUUUUGGUGGUUUUGAGGGUGAUAAUUCCCAAGAUAGAAAGCCUACCACAAGCAAUGGGGAAGAACAAAGUUCCCUCGACCCAGAUUUCGAUAUAACCAAUGCGAGCUUUAACGACAUCAUUACCCGCGUACAUCAAACAGAUCCGGAUAUGGCAACAAAACUCCGAAAAGAACUGGAUGGACUCAUUUUUGAGUCGGAAUUGUCGCACCCACGGUGA